AUGAAGCUGGUGUUUGUCCUCCUUGUUUCCACCGCCUGGACUUUCACUGGAGCCCAGUAUUACUACCAGGGGCUGAUGGAUUAUCUGGAGAACAGGUUGUUGGCCAUUGAGGAUGGCAUGCAGUUGUGGCAUGAACAAUCCCAUCGCUACCACACAGAGCUGCUGGAUUUCAAAAAGCUAACUGCGGAGACGAUGGACGGUAUGAGAGGACAGCACAGCGUGAUGUUCAAAGACCUGGAAGGAGCUGCAGUCCGUGUGGACCGGGUGGAGCGAGAGGUGGACUGCGUGGAGAUCCAGACUUCCCCUCGGGCCUGUUCCAAUAAGGCAGACAAGGUGGUAGAGCAGGGAGCCUGGAGGCUGAAGGAGAGCAGAGGAGAGAAAGAGGAAGAGGAAGAUGAGGAAGAUAAAGACUGGGAAGAGCUGCACUCCAGUGUCUCUGACUGUGUGGAAAUCAUCUCUGGCAUCCGAUCAGUGAAGAUCCUGAAGAGAGUUGGCGGUCCCAAAGGCAUGUGGACCAGAGACCCCAGGUCGUCCAAGGUGUACGUCUUUAACGGGACAUCCGGGGACAACCUCUUCCAGUUCGACUCCGUACGAGACUUUUCCAGCUCUCCUGGCGUCACCGGCAGCCGACAUAUCCGGCUUCCCUCUGACUGGAGAGGUCCUGGCAGCACCGUCUACGAUGGCUAUUUGUAUUACAUACAGCAGGAGGAGGACGCUGACGUGCAGGUGGUCAAAUAUGACCUGCUGACUGGCUCGGUGACAGACGCCGCCAUGUUCCCCGUGGAGAGCCACGCCCCUGUCUACAACCUCAAUCCAGAAACGGUUGCAGACCUAGCAGCAGAUGAUGAAGGCCUCUGGCUGUUGUACGCGACCAGUGACAGUGAACCGAACAUCCACCUUGCAAAGAUGGACCGCGACUCGCUCGAUAUAGAACACAUAUGGGACACCCGGUGCCCACGGGAGAACGCAGAGGCGGCUUUCGUAGUCUGUGGGACUGUCUACGUGGUUUACAACACACGCCUGGCCAGCCGCUCCCGAAUCCAGUGCCUUUUUGAUGUCAACGACAUGGUCAGCAGCGAGGAGGCCCCUCUGAUCUACUUUCCCAGGAGGUACGGGGCCCACGCCAGUCUGAAAUACAACCCGGAGGAACAACAACUCUACGCCUGGGACGACGGCUACCAAAUCAUUUACAGACUGACCAUGAAAACAAAACUCCUGGUGUGACAGCAGGGAAGUAGUGUCGUGUUUUCAAAGAUAAUGAGAAAAAAUAGGAGCCGUACAUUUACACUUGCUGUGCCAUCAGUCUUUCAGCAGCGUGGUCGAGUGAAGACGGCACACCCAUAACAUCUCACAUGUUUGAGCAAAGGAAAUAGCCUUUGAAGUAUUAUUUAUUCAUUUGAUUAUCUUUCUUGUGUAAUAUAUACAGAAAGAAAUAUGCCACUAAGGGGCUGGGAGGUCUGCUUUGCAUUUAAUUUGACCAUUUGAUUGGACAAAAUCUCAUUUCCUUUGUGCCUACUCCUGCUUGUUCAGCCCCUCGCUGUGCUGUUAUUAUAUGUUGUGUUGUAUUGCUCCAAAACUCACAGCAUGGAGACCAUUUUUGCAUAAAUCUUUUAAUCAAAGAAUAGAGAAUCAUAUCACACAGAACUGAUAACACAUUACACCUCGUGGGAGAUAAAACAACAACAACAAACUGCUGUUGAUUUUCAGACUUGUUAAAACAAAAGAAUGAAACAAUUUAUGACUGAAAUAAUGUCUGAUAGUUCAGUUUACUCUUAUUGAAAGUCUUGAUAAUGAUCUAGGAACUCAUAAUAGAGUGGUCUCAACUAACAACUGUUAAUUUCAGUCACCAGAACAUUUCCCCAAACAUUUCCGUUAUUACAAAUACAAAAUGUUCAAUAAAAAAUUGGAAAUUCAGUGCUAUCAUAACAGUUGGAAGGGAUACAAGAUUAUAUCAAGAAACAUUACAAUAGUAGGCAAAGCUAGCAGGUCUUGAAAGACUCCAUAAACUGAGGCAAUUGAUUUAACAGGUUUCUUCUACUAUGAAAACACACCACAUUUUCAAAUAAAUAUGACCUUUGUAAAGCACAUGUUUAAAACACAUUGUUUCAACACUAAAAUAUGAUAUUAGAAAUCUAUGAAUAAUGCCAUUAGGGAUCAAUUUUACAAUCAAAAUAAUGUGAAUGAGAGCAAAUGUCAAACUGUCGUAGAGUGUUGUCUGUGCGAUACUGGAUUACAACAAGCAUGAACAACAAUCCACCGACUCAUACUCGCUACAAGUGCCAAUUAGAGAAAUGACGCCGCUCUGGAGUAGACGCUGACCCGUCCACCCACCAGCUACCCCCCCGCCAGUGGCGGUGCGUCCAUAGAGGGCGCUAGGGCGCCGCCCCUCUUAAAAUUUUGAGAUGAAAAAAAAAGAAGAACAAAAUAUAAUAUAUCCUGUCAAAAAACAUUAUAUACCAAAUCAUUUAAAUAGCAAAUAUACCGUGUUGACGCGCUAAAUGUGUGUGGGAGACCGUCAGCCUGUCAACAACCACUUAAGUUAAAUGUGACAUAAAUAACAUAUCGCCACUCAUCCUCACGGAGAGAAGCCCCUCCCCAUUUUCGGGCCGCCGGCCCAACGUGUGUGCGCGGCAGCGAGCAAACAUUUCACGGUCGUUUCGGCAAGGACGGCUUCUCAUUGGCGGAUGAAACGUGAAUCUUGGGGCACAAAAAUGUGCGCCCUGGCCAAUGACAUAGUUUCUUAUGUCACGUGACUGGACUAUUCGGCAAAUCAGAGACCGGUAUCGUUCCCUCAGCCAGAGAGCUCCACGGAGCUACAGGAGCAGGUCGCUAACGGAGCUGUUAGCUGGAGGCUCAGUGAGUAAUGCGCUCUUUAGUUUCCCCUGUCUGUUGUUCCAAAGUCCUGGGACUGAAACUCUCUGGACUACAACGGGGUGAGGGAUCUACAGAGCUUCAGACAAGUGUAAAGCAUGAAUCUUGCCGCAGUUAUCUAGCUAAGAGCAUGGAGCUAACUAGCUAGCAGCAUGAAGCUAACCCUGUUUGCAGAGCAGAGCAGCAGAAGGAAACCAAACUGGCAUCAAAAACACAACGAAGAAGUUCUGAAAAACAGACACAUUCCCUCAAGAAUAAUGGAAACAGGCUGGUUACAGACAUGAUUGACUUUAACCAGAGAGUUAUUGAGAAGUUUGCCAACUUUAAAGAGAGGAGGCUACUUGUCUUUACAGUAGUGGGUCUACUCUGUCAAACACCCAAUGUAACAUGUGAUCUCUUUCUGACUCUAUUCUGCUCUGAACCUCUUUCAUGUGAGGGUGAAACUCUUUUAUUUUGCAAACCUCUGAAACCCAACCCAAUGUUUCUUAACCCUUGUGUUGCCUUAGGGUCAUUUUGACCCGAAUCAAUAUUACACCCUCCCCCCGCCUUUGGGUCAUUUUGACCCAAUUCAAUGUUUCACCCUCCUGUUACCUUUAUAUUUACUAACAUAUUUUACCCUUUGGGUUCAAUUUGACGCCAGCAAUUAAAACCUCCAGAAAAUUAUUAGAAUUAAUAUUGUUUUCCAAGUUUAAGUGUGAAGCACUUUAUGUUUGUUUGUUGACUACCGAAAGAACACCGACAUUAAACAUUGAAUGGGGUCAAAUUAAUCCUGAGGCGGGGGGAGGGUGUAAUAUUGAUUCGGGUCAAAAUGACCCUAAGGCAACACAAGGGUUAAAGCUGUUCUGAACCUCUCAUGCCCAAAGUUACAGUGUGUUGAUAGUUGUUUUUGGACAGUGUUGAGCACGGUGUUUUCUUUAAAUAAAGCUUUGUUUUUUUACAAUA